GUAUAUUUAUUGGAAACAUUGCCAUGUGUUUUCAUGCGGUAACCUCUAAACUAGUAUCUUGUUUAUAUUUGUUACAUUUGUGUAGUGAUAAAUCCUUUAAAUUGUAAAUUGUGAACAACAACAAUGACGGACUUGAUUAAAACAAUUGAGGAGGAUGCAGAGGUGGAGAACUUCUCGGAAAAUUCUGAUGAAGAAGAUGACUAUCAGCCUCGAAAACAGAAGAAGUCAGAGCGCAAAGAUUUCGACAAUAAUUUCCACUUCCUCUCCGACGAUCUGGAUUACAACCACGACACGUGGGACGACCUCAGUAAGUACAUAAAACGAAAAGCCAAAAGCAAGCUCGACGACAAGAUCAAGCGAAUUCGGCUGGAGGGCUCCACAGACCCCCAGGCCCCAGAAAUCAAGGAGGAGUCCGACGAUUCAGGCCCUGACCUCUCCGACGAUGAUCUUCGCAAGGAUACUUUUAAGACAAAAGCGUCAAAGGGCAAGAAGAAGUCCUUACCGCAGCCCGAGAUGAUGGAGUUUGACGAGUGUGCCACCAUCGAUUCUUACGCCUCUUUCUACCAGAUGAAUUUGUCCCGGCCGCUUCUGAAGGCCAUAGGAGCCAUGAACUUUGUCUCUCCAACACCGAUUCAAGCAGCGACGAUUCCCGUGGCUCUGAUGGGUCGAGAUAUCUGCGGCUGUGCGGCCACAGGAACCGGAAAAACAGCUGCCUACAUGCUGCCUACCUUGGAACGUCUCCUCUACCGACCUCGGGACGGUCCAGCAGUGACUAGAGUCCUCAUCCUGGUGCCCACUCGAGAAUUAGGAGUUCAAGUCUACCAGGUCUCCAAGCAACUUGCUCAAUUCACAACCGUAGAAAUAGGUCUCUCAGUGGGAGGUUUGGACCUCAAAAUUCAAGAGACAAUCCUCCGGAAAAAUCCCGACAUCGUCAUAGCCACCCCAGGACGUCUGAUUGAUCAUCUGACGAAUACUCCGACCUUUUCCCUGGACAGUAUCGAGGUCCUCAUUCUCGAUGAGGCCGAUCGAAUGCUGGACGAGUACUUUGCUGAGCAGAUGAAACACAUAGUCAAGCAGUGCGCGAGAACAAGACAGACGAUUCUCUUUUCAGCAACAAUGACCGAAGAAGUUAAAGAUCUUGCUGCUGUCUCUCUGGAGAAACCUGUGAAGGUCUUCGUGGACUCUAAUCAGGAUGUUGCAUUCAAUCUCCGUCAGGAGUUUGUUAGAAUCAGGAAAGAGCGAGAGGGGGACAGGGAGGCCAUCCUGGCUGCUUUAAUCUGCAGGACGUUUCAUGAUCAUGUUAUGGUGUUUGUCCAGACGAAGAAACAGGCGCACAGACUUCACAUUCUUCUGGGCUUAUUGGGAGUCAAAGUGGGAGAGCUGCAUGGCAACUUGUCCCAGCCUCAGAGAUUGGAGAACUUGAAGAAAUUUAAGGAAGAGGAGAUAGAUGUUUUGUUGGCUACUGAUGUUGCUGCUAGGGGGCUGGACAUCAGUGGGGUUAAGACAGUUAUAAACUUUGUCAUGCCACCAACGAUUCAGCAUUACAUCCAUAGGGUUGGAAGGACUGCUCGAGCUGGGAGGGCUGGGGUCUCAGUGAGUCUUGCUGGGGAGCAGGAGAGGGGACUGGUGAAGGAUGUGAUCAAGCACGCCAAGAAUCCAGUGAAAAAUAGGAUUAUUCCCCCUGAUAUUGUUGAGAAAUAUUGCACGAGGUUGAGGGGGCUCGAAGGGGACGUGGAGAGGGUACUUGAAGAGGAGAGAGCCGAGAGGGAGCUGGCAAAGGUGGAGAACCAGGCGAACAGGGCUGAGAAGAUGCUAAAGGAGAAGGAAGCGGGGAAGCGAGAAUGGUUCCAGAAUUCUAGGGAGAGGAAGGCUGAGCAGGAGGGGUUGAGACUCACGGAGAAGGCGAAGAAGAGGGAGAGGAAGAACAAGAGGGAGGGAGUGAGUAAUGUCGUCCAGGAGGGCGGCAAGAAGGAGAAGAGGAAGAAGACGGAGGAGGUGGACCCGGCCGAGGAGAGGGCUAAUAGGGAGCUGGCUAAGGCAGCAGCCAUUCAGGCGAGAGCUGCCAAGAAAAGCGGGAGAAUGAAGAAGAUCAGGACGGUUGUGGAGAAUGCUGAUAACACCGGAGGACGGAAUGCUCCUAAAAAGCGCGCCAAAUCGUCGUUUGCAUCUGACUUGACAGACACGAGUAAAAAAGGAGUAAAACGAUUACGUUACGCUGCAAAUACAAAACAGAAACAAAAAUUCGGUAAAGGCGGGAAGAAAUUCGGCGGUGAGAAGAAAUCGGGAGGCGGAAAAAAAUUUGGCGGACCAAAGGGAGGUGCGCAAAGGCCCAAGAAACGAUGAUUUUCCAAUAAUUUGUAUAAAAGAAUAAACUAUGAAUCACCUCA